AUGGCCAACAAUCAAAAUAAGAAGUCAAAUUUCCCGGGGGACACAACGGAGAGUAGAGCAGACACACCGCCGGUCCCAGCGGCGCUAGAGAUCGAUGCUAAUAGAUCUGUAGCGCAGACGUUGGUCGAUAAUACGUAUCCAUGUGGGCAUAAAAGGGCUGGGGUUUUAGAGUACACUGUUGAUAUCAUGAGAUAUAGCUUGAAGAUCAAGCCCGAUCAAAACGACAUGGAAAAAUACCGUAUUGAGUUCACUUAUGAUGCCCAUGUUGAUGGCAUCAUUACUCUUUAUUUCUUUGAAAUAGGGGGAGAAGACUUUAGCCUUUUCCCAACAGCUAAAAAGCUGCUUGAAACCAUUACAGUAGAAGUCAAAAAAGGAUUGUGCAAGAAAUUUAUAUAUACAGGAGAUCCAUUUGACCUUCCCUUACAUAAGAGAGGUUUAACAGAGGUAUAUCAUUUAGAAAUAAAGACACAUGCAACUUCAUGCAACUCAAAACAUGGAAGUUCUUCGGACCCAAAAGAUGAAAGUACAGACUGUGUUACCCAAUCAACUCUAGCAGUGUUUGAGAAGGUGAAGGGUGAAAACCAGGUUAGAGUUACAAACCAGAUCAUAUGGGUGAAUGGACAGAUGCAUGUGUGUCAUGAUUUUGUUGGAUUAUGUACGCCCAUGGGUAUUGAUCGGAAAGAUCUUCGUAACAAUUGUCUUCUAUGUUUAUCAAAAAGCUAUCCUGGUAUACAUCGUCCAAUUGGGAACAUAUCACUUUCUAAAAAAGAAAUUGGGCAGGGGAGGGAAGGGACUCUUGUAUUCGAGGGAACUUAUGCUGGUAGAGAGGCUGCUGUGAAAAGGACUCCGAUUGUGCAUCGUGAUGUUGCAAACAACGAGAUUCAAAUUCUGAAGGAAACUGAUCAUCCUAAUAUUGUUCGGUUGUAUGGUAAGGAGGAUGAUGGACGUUUUGUUUAUACUGCUCUUGAGAGGUGUCAAUGCAAUUUACAUGAGUUGAUAUCGUCCUGUGAUGAAUCGGAUGGAUUCAAGCGGAAACUGGACGGUUUCAGGGAUUUGGAACUAUGGAAGGCCAAUGUAUAUCCUUCAGAGCACUUGUUGGAAAUUUUAAGGGAUAUAGUUAAAGGAACUGCCCAUUUACAUGAACUUGGAAUUUUUCACAUGAACUUGAACUCUCAAAACAUCUUAAUACACAGAGAUACUUCCAUUACGGCAAAAGUCUCAGGAAUGGGCAGUAGCAAGCGCCGCCUAUCUGACAAUAAAUCUUCUUUAACUGAAAGCACAACAAGACAAAUGACUGCUGGGGAUUUAUUCGAUUUAGGGAAUCUGUUUAUCUUUUGUAUCACUGGUGAUUACCUCCCGUUUAAUGACAAAAAAGUGCAAGAUCACUUAAAAUAUAUCCCGGAAGCCUAUGAUCUUAUCUCUCGUCUCCUGCAUCCUAAUCCAGAAUCCAGACCAACACCCAAUGAAGUAUGCAACGACACUCUAUUCUGGGACGCCGAGAAACGUCUCUCCUUCAUUGAAGAUGUGAGUGACUCUGUGGAUCCAGACGUCUGCAAUGCCAAAACCAAAAUCCUACUAUUACUCAAUAUCACGGAUCCACAAGCCUUAGGGGGAAAAUGGGUCAAAUCUCAAAACUUAGACAAUUCUACUCUAGCUAGAGUGCAUUUCUAUUUCAUUAAACUAGGAAUACCAACUGCAAAAAAUGGCAUUCUUUCACUGUGGGCAAGAAACGGGGAUGAUGAGCACCUGCUUAAUGGGGGAAGGGCUAUCUAUCUUCUCAUAAUCAUAAUCAGAAGGUUCCGAUUAGUUGCUACAUAUUUAGUAUGGCCUGGUAUCAUUCUGAAAACCCAUUACUCUUCUCACUUGGACUUGGUUGGUGCUGCUCAUCAGUUGUCCCUUUCAAUAGCUAGUGCUGCUGCUGUACUAUGCUUCUGGAAGUGCUGGUGUGGUGUCAUCUCCCAUUUUGGUUGUGUUUAG